AUGCCGCGCAACAAUCCAAAAUAUGUCAAGAAAGAUAAAAGGAAGUCGUGGAAGAAAGAAGACAUGGAAACAGCAAUUACAGUGGUUCGAGAAAAAAAGAUGGGAACCUUAAAAGCGGCAAAAACUUUUAAUGUGCCUCGUACAACCCUACAAACUUUGAGUAAAAAACUUGACCUUACUCCAGCACAAGCAGUUUGUACUAAGCUUGGGCGAAAGCCUUACUUGGGUGAAGACUUGGAAAAAGAGUUAGUUUCCUACUUACUCAUAAUGGAGCAGAAGUUUUAUGGGUACACUAUCCGAGAUUUGCGCAGAAUGGCUUAUCAAAUUGCAAUUAGAAAUCAUCUUGAAACGCCAUUUAACCGUAACGAGGCCGGCAGAUCUUGGGUGGAUCUUUUUUUAAAUCGUCAUAAAGAGCACCUAUCUAUUCGGAAACCAUGUGGAACAUCUUUCUCAAGAGCUUUAGGCUUCAACAAAGAGAAUGUUCAGAGUUUUUUCAAUAUGCUCGAAGAGGCUUACGAAAAACACAAAUUUCCAGCUGAGAGAGUGUUUAAUGUUGACGAAACAGGACUUUCUAUUGUUCAAAGCAAAAUUCCUCAUGUCAUUGGUCGAAAAGGAAAAAAGCAAAUGCAUCCUUGA